CAGGAACUUCUGCACCAAGAGCCACUACAAGAACCGAUGGCGGCAACAGCUUUGCCAAGCAACCAUCGAAGAAGCUAGAGUACAGAUCUGGGUAGAGAUCCCUUCCCCCUCGUCGCUCGUCAACAGAAUGGCCUACUCGGAGCAGCAGCGCUGGGUCACGGUCCAGCAAAAGACGUUCACGAAAUGGCUAAACACCAAACUGGAGGCCCGCAACUUGGAGGUCAAGGACUUGGUGCAGGAUCUGUCUGAUGGUGUUCUACUCAUCCACCUCCUUGAGUGCCUAUCCAACGAGUCGCUCGGCCGGUAUGCCGCCAAACCGAAAUUGCGCGUGCAGCGCUUCGAGAAUGCCAACAUCGCCCUCGACUUCAUCAAGUCCCGGGGCAUCCAGAUGACCAACAUAGGCGCCGAGGACGUUGUGGACGGGAACCGCAAGAUCAUCCUCGGCCUAAUAUGGACGCUCAUUCUGCGCUUUACCAUCAACGACAUCAACGAGGAGGGCAUGACGGCGAAGGAGGGUUUGCUGCUUUGGUGCCAGCGCAAGACGGCGUGCUACGACGAGGUCGACGUACGAGACUUCAGCGCGAGUUGGAACGACGGCCUCGCCUUCUGCGCCCUGCUCGACAUUCACCGGCCGGAUCUGAUUGACUACGACGCGCUCGAUAAAUCGAACCACCGAGGCAACAUGCAGCUGGCGUUCGAUAUCGCUCAUAAGGAGAUAGGUAUCCCGAAGCUGCUCGACGUGGAGGAUGUGUGCGAUGUAGCGAAGCCGGACGAGCGGAGUUUGAUGACGUACAUUGCCUACUGGUUCCACGCCUUCUCGCAGAUGGAAAAGGUGGAGAAUGCCGGCCGUCGUGUUGAGAAGUUUGUUAACAACAUGCGGGGUGCCUGGGAUAUGCAGAGCGCGUAUGAGCAGAGGAUGGCGGCGUUGCUCAAGGCGAUCCGCGAACAGAUGGAAAGCUGGCAGCAGGCCAAGUUUGAAGGGACCUAUGCAGACGCCAAAGCGCAAGCCGCGGAUUUUUCGGCAUACAAGAGGGGCCUGAAGCGGGAAUGGGUGGCCGAGAAGAGCGAGUUAGCGACGCUGCUGGGCAACAUCAAGACCAAGCUGGGCACAUACCGACUGCGGCCAUACGAGCCGCCGGCAGAAUUAAGGUUAGAGGUGUUAGACAAGGAAUGGGCGAACUUAACAAAGGCGGAGAUGGCCCGUGGGCAGCUGAUAAACGAGACCAUCAGGGACAUCAAAAACGCCCUGCGGAAAUCCUUCGCCGACAAGGCCAAUGAUUUCGCCCUCGCACUUAACACCAUACAACUCGCCAUAUCAGGCCUAGAAGGCGACGUAGAAGACCAACUGCACCACGUGCGCAAGCUCUCAGACAAUCUCCCGCCGCUGGACGCCUUCCUCAAGACCAUCGCCGCCGUGGACGCCAAGUGCCAAGAAGCCAACAUUGAAGAAAAUGAUUUCACCACCUACACAUACGACGAGCUCUGCUACGAGCUCUCCCUGGUCCAGUCCUCGGUUUCCAAGAAGCUCUCCUUCCUCGAGAACCAGAUGGUCGCGCGCAACAUGACCAACCUGACGCCGAUUCAGCUCGAAGAGUUCGAGUCGGUCUUCCGGCACUUUGACCGCGACGACACCAACUGCCUGUCGGAGCUGGAAUUCAGCGCCGCGCUCGCCUCGCUGGGCCUCAUUUUCUCCGAGGACGAGAUGCACGACUACUUCCUCGAGACGUCGGGCGGGCGUGACCGCGUUACGUUUGAGCAGUUUAUCCGCUUCAUGGUGGACGUGACCGAGGACCAGAAUACGGCUGAGCAGGUUUUUCAGAGCUUCCGCGAGGUCGCCGACGGGAAGCCGUACGUGACCGAGAUGGACUUGCGCCACUCGCUCGUGCCGGACGAGGUCAUUGAGAAGCUGGUCGAGAUCAUGCCGAGCCACAGCGGGCCGGACAUGCAGGCCGACCGCGGGCAGCCGCAGUACGAUUACAUUGCGUUUAUGGACAAGUUGAUCGCGGAGCCGGGAGAAGUCGCUGGUGCAAGUGGGAGUGGGAGGGCGAGUCCGUCCAAGGGUCGGACUGGGGCGGGUGGACAGAUGAAUGGGGCGCAUUGAGCGGUGCCGGGCUCUGAGAGCUGUGGUUUUCUCUCUACUUCAUACCUUUCUCUUGGGCGUAUUUUCUUCACUAAUAGUCGUGUUAGCAUAGCGUGCAUGGUUAUGGGGGAACAAACAGAAGAUUUUGACUUGGACUUGCGCAUACCGCCCUUCCUCUGGAUCUUGGCAGCAGGAAUAUUUGCGUCGUAAUGAGAAGGCUGUUUGCUCUUGACGGCUAGCUGGUCAAUCAUUGUCGACAUAUUUACCUAGGCGGACCCUAUUAUAGGAGCGCCUCGAACAAUUGUUCUCA